CCAGCUCGAGAAGUGUGCCAGGUGGGGGCAAUCGAGUGUAGAGAUUUUGCAGCGACAGUUACACUUUACACGGAGCGCUUAUCCCUGCAUACAUUCUUUUGUUUCUUACGCAACCUUAAUCCCCAUUCCGAUUCCAAUCGCAAUUCCAGUAAGAUGUUGCCCAAUCUGAAGUCGCGCCGCAUCACGGGCCUCCAGCUGGCCGGGAAGCAUCUGGGCCCGGUGGCCAAGUGCCCGCCUCGCUAUUCCGAGGAGGAUUGGGACUACAACAACAAGAUCAAGUUUAGGAUCACCUGCGACCAGGAGAAGCUCGCCGAGCGGAUCGUGGAGGAGUCGCGCCGCGUAGUCGAUGAGACGAAGGACACGACCAAGAACUGGCAGCGCGAGGUGGAGCACCACAUGCGCGAACGCACCAGCGAGAUUCGCUUUCUUGUUGAUGAGUUGAAUCGACAGAAGAAGACCGCCGCCUUGGAGGAUGAGGCGCUCAACACCUAUCGCAACCGGGUGCUCAACUGCAUUGAGUUUCUCAAGGAUAAAUCACUGGCCAUCUGCAAGCAGUGCCUGAUCCUGCGCGAAGGCCGGAUCGGGGUCGAUCUCUGCGAUGACGAGGUGGACCGCUCACUGCGCCGCGAACUCAAGGUAAUUAAGGGCUGCCAGGGACUGGCCGAUGCCGCCCUCAAGGAAGCCGAGGAGCAGAUCCGCAAGCUGCGUGCCGCCAUCUAUUUGCUCGAUCAGGAUUUGGCCGCCAAGGACAAGUCUCUGGCCAUCGACGAGAAGAACUUGAAGCUCAAGGACUUCCAGCAUGACCUGGGCAAGGGUCAGGAUCUCUCCAAGCAGCACUGCCAAUUUUCGUUGACCGAGUGGCAGGCGCAGACGUACGAGAAUUUGGAGGCCAACGCCAAGGCUCUGGUGUCCGCUGGACAGCUGCGUGCCUACAUCGAUCUGCUGCUGAAGCAGGUGUGCGAGGACAUGCAGAACCAGACGGACCGCACAAACGAGGCCUUCGAGCGUCGGAUUGCGGAGACGAAGCACGUGAAGCAGUGCUUGGAGAACAAGCACAAGGACACAAUGGACCACAUCCACCAGGUGCAGCGCAACAUGACUGAGCUGGAGAAGGAGAUGAUGGACAAGCAGCGGGCCAUCACUUUGUGCCAGACGCGCCUGAGCAAUCGCGCCCACCGGCCCGGAUUGGAGCUGACCUGCGACAUGGUCCAGGACGCGCUCUACAACGAACUGCAGGCGCUGAAGGCUUCCGUCUGCAAGCUCAACCAGAAGCUGAACGAGAACAAGGCCUCCAUGCGCUACCUGAUGCACGUCCAGGUGAUGCAGGAGGAGGAGAUCAACAUCAAGGCGAAUACCUGCAAGAUUGACGAGGUCGAUUGCAUGACUCUGCGCCAGGCCCUCAAGUACCAGACUUUCUAAUCCUGGCCAGGCAGCAGCAUCACCAGUACCAGUACCAGUACCAGUUCCAGUACCAAGUCCCUGUAACGCACCAGUCAAGUAGUCGCAACCAGCGUCCUGCACGCAGCCCAGCCACCACCAUUAAUCAAAUUAGAUGCAUCAUGCAUGUGCAUUUCGUGUUCGAUCCCAAAUUACUUAAUAAAUUGAAAUUCACUUUCGAUUUUCCAGUUAAA